AUGCACAUCCUGGAAGAGGGAGUGAAGUUCGAGUCUGAAAAGCUGCCGGGUCUCUACAUCUGCUACGCGGAUGGAUAUGGAAAGCUUCUGGAAGGCAAUGGCCAGCGGGAGAUUUUCCGCCAAGUGCGUCCCAUGAACGGUGAAAAGGACAGCGUGACACUGGAAAGUCUUGCGCAACGUGGAGAAUUCCUUUGCCACUGCCAUGGCAACAUCUGCUUCAUCUCGUUUUACACGCCCACGACCAUCUCCCCCAACGACACUAGCUGGCGUUUGCUCGAAUGUGACUGA